AUGAUAUUACUAGCGGAAAAACUUGCCAAGGUGCAAAGGCUAGCAGCCAUAGGCAUAACGGGAGCACAAAGAAGCACAACCCAGGCCGCACAGGAUGUACUGCUGAAUCUGAAACCACUGGAUCUGCACAUAAAAGGAUUAGCAGCUAAAAGUGCCCUCAGACUGAGGGAAACUGGGCUGUGGAAACAAUCCAACUAUGGGCACACCAGGAUACUAAGGGAGAUAGAGAAUAUGGCGGAUACAGUAGACAAAGGUGUGUUGGAACAAUGCACCGACUACACUACCGCCAAACUGACUUUUGAUAUAGACUUGAACAUCCUCAUACCAACGAGAGAAGACUGGGAAGAGAACCCAGGAACAGCCGAGCUGCGGGCAAUAGAACGAGCCGCGGAUCUAAUCCGAUGCAGAGAUGAAGCGGUGCGUGACAUCACAAUCUACACGAAUAGCCAAGCGAUUCUGAUAUUACUAUCGUCUACGACAGUGAGAUCUAGGUCAGUGGUGAGCUGUAACAAAGCCCUGUCAUGGAUUCGUGACCGAAAGGUUAGACUUUGCUGGAUACCUGGACACAGCAAUGUAGAAGGGAAACAAUUGGCAGACAAACUAGCCAAAUUAGGAACGACCAGGAGCGGGGACAAAGCGGUGGGCUUGCCACUACCACCGAUCAAAUUGCUGAGAGACGCGAUAGAUAGAACAUUAGAGGGAGAGCUUGGCAAGAGAUGGAGUAAUAGAGAUGACUGUGUUAUCUCACGCUCCUUGUGGCCGGUGUUACAGAAGAAGAAGACAACAGAACUGCUAGGCUAUGGGAAAGCCUCGAUCCGAAGGGUCGUAGCAGUGAUUACUGGUCACUGCACAGUAGGCUCUAGACUUAGGAAAAUGGGUAUCAGAACCAACGAUCUCUGUGCAGAAUGCAUUGAAGAGGAAGAGGUAAUAGAACACCUAAUGUGUCACUGCACAGCAUUGGCGUCGAAACGACUACAAUGCAUGGGGAGUGAAACAUUGGAAUGUCUAGAAGAAACAGCGGACCUGAAUCACUUCAUUGCAAACCGGAGAAGGGAGCAAGGGCCUGGCAACGGAAGAGAUAGGGAAGGGUAG